AUGAGCAACACACCUGACUCUUUAGCGAGCGCCUAUGAAGUUGCUGCAGAUCUUUACCUCACCCGAGCAAAUUAUGGGGAGAAUGAAGAUGAUAAAAUUUCCAAAUUGCAAGAACAAUCUGAUGUUGCUCUGAAAAUCCUUGAUUCUCUUCCUCCUGAGGAAAGAAAGUUACCCUUGGAACAAGCAACAUUUAAAUAUCUGAGAGGGAAGAUAUUGGAUAUGUGCCCUCACUAUAGCAAAGAAGCAGAGGAUCACCUAUUUCAUUCAGUCAAGUUAAGCCCACCAGUUGCUGACGCUUGGUUAUGUUUAAGUAACUGCUUUUAUGAGAGAGGAGAUCUACCUGCCGCAAAGGACUGUCUCUGUGUUGCAUUAAGCAAGGGUCCUGAUAAGAAGAUUCUUUGUCAAUUAUCAAUGCUUACUAGAAAAAUGUCAGAAGGUGCUAAGAAUGAGGCAGAACUUCUUGAGGAAAGCAUUCGACAUGCCAAGGAAGCUAUUGCUUUGGAUGUCAAGGAUGGGCAUUCUUGGUAUAAUUUAGGAAAUGCAUGUUUUACAAGUUUUUUGGUCUCUGGAGCUCGGGAUGAUAGCAAACUUUUAGAUUCUCUAAAAGCAUAUCUAAAUGCUGAUAAAGAUGAAACAAUGAAGUCCAAUCCACAUUUAUCCUUUAAUAAUGCCAAAUUAUUCAGAUAUCUAGAGGAUUAUGAGGGGGCCAUCAGUGCAUUUGAAGCUGUUAUUUCAAAGAACCCAGCUCUGAAUGCUGCCACCGAGGUUCAGAAUAUAGUCAAUCUACUUGACAAGCUGGAUAAUCUGAUGAGGAUUUAUAUGCAGCGGGGGCAUCUAAGAUCUAAGGGAAAGGCAAGAUUGGCCUCAUCUUUGGCUUCUGUUAGAUGUAAGCUACCUUUUGAACUAUCUACAUUAGACCUUUUAUUGAACGGUUUGAACAGAGCGGUAGCCGUGGACGGGAGGGUAUUGAGCUUUGUUAUGAAUGACGUUGAUGUUCCCCUAUACUACUUGCUUCGUGAUUCAAAUCAAACUUGCUUCGUUCUUACAGUUUAUGGUGUGCGUAAGGAUGUGAUCAAAGAAGCAGAUUGGCUGACCCUGCUUGACCCUAAAUUCCGCCAUGUUGAUUUUUCAUGCAAGGGGAAGUGCUACCAAUUCAAGUCUAUACGUGUGGACUUCCCGGAACAAGUACUUGUGAAUGGAAAAGCUGUGACUCCUCAACAGGCUGUUCACUCAUCUACAUAUGCACGACAUAUAUGCACAUCAUGA